AUGUGCUCUAAGGAGGGGAGGCCAUUCGACUACUCCUACGUCGUCAAGGACGCCUACCAAAACCUAGACUUCGGCCACAAGUCCACCUCCGACGGGAAGGUGGUGACCGGCGACUACCACGUCCUCCUCCCCGACGGUCGUAAUCAGACCGUCGUUUACACCGCCGACGGCUACAACGGCUACCAGGCGCAGGUCGCUUACCAUGGAGUAGCCAAGUACCCUGAAGGCAAGCCCUAUGCCCUUGCCCCAUCCUACGGCUCCCCUAUACCCACUUACAAAGCACCUACCCCAGUCUAUGGAACCCCAGCUCCAACUUACGAGGAACCUCAAGCUCUCUACGGCGCUCCCGAGUACUGA